GGAUGACGUCUUUUGGGAGGGCCGUGUUUACAAUGGCCAAGCCACAAAGCAGCAGCGAGCUUCGGUUGUGUGUGGAUGGGGCUGCGUUGCGUGUUUGACUUUUGACUUUUUCUUGAGCUUUGUACGGCGUUUGAGGAUGAAUUCGAGCCGCCGGUGGAAGCAAGAAGUUCGCUCGGACUGCGAGGAGCUGCUCGCUCGCUUCCAACGAACCGACUGCGUCCGCUUUGAGACGUUCUCCAAAAUAUGGAGAGAAAUGAACUUCGGACGAAUAUUUUUCGGCACGGCGGGCCACCAGAAGCGGGCGUUCAGCCGUCUGGCCUUGGACGUGGCCUUCGUCUACUUCCUGCCCCCGUUCAGCUUCCAGAUCCGAGUCGGAGGACUUUACCUGCUCUACGGUCUCUACCACUGCCAGACGGCCUCGCCGCGCGCGGGGAUCGGCGUGGCGCUGAAGGACUGGACCGACGUGCUGAGUUUCGAGAAGGACGCGCGGGAAGCCCGGCACCUGGACGCCAUCUUCGUCCUCCGCCAGCUGCGCUUCCAAAAGGCCUUCCGCUUCAGCGCCACGCCCCUAGCGCUGACGUUCGAGCGGCGCCCCAAGGAAGUUCGUUCUCAGCUGGGCAACAAAUUUGUGGCCAGGGCCUGCGGCCCCCAGGAGCUCCUCGACCGAGACGCCUUGGAGGAGCUGUCCAACGUCCACGAGCUUUACAAGCAGCUCAAGUCGAGCGUCCGGUCGCCGGCGCAGCGGGAGCGGCUGGGCCUGGACGUGACCCGCGACGACUUGCCGGCGCUGCUGCGAGGGCACGUGGUCGACUUCCACAGCUGGCAGAAGACGGAGCGGCAGGAAGCGAGCGACGGCGACGAGGACGUCGCCGAGGGAACGUCGACGAGAGAGGAGAGCGUCCACAGAGCUCAACUCCUGUCGUCCAUCAAGUCCAAAGCCUACGGACAAGCGGCCCAGGUCUGCAAGUCUCGCCGCCAUCGGGAGGUGGGAGUGGACUCGUCUGGCCCCGCCCCCCAGAAAGGACGCAGCGCUUCCAGGAAAAUUUCGCUGAAAGCCAGAACCCACGAGAAGGUCCGGAUCGCAGGUGAAAUGUGGAAAGAAGCCACCACGUCCACGAGCAUCAAUUGUCUGACCGCCAUGGAGCGCGGCCCUCAAGCAAAGAAAGAAGAAAGAUCGUGAAGAGCGCGCCAGACUUCCACCUCCUUAGCAGGAGUGGCGGGGCUCAUCCCAGCCGCCGUCUUGCGCAAUAUCUUUUCUUGUUUUCCGCACGCGCUCGCUCGCUCCACGUUUACAGUGAAGAAAAGAAGUAUUUUGAACAGCCCGCUCGCUACAUUGCAAGUCCUCCCACUUGGAAAUCAUGGAGAGGUCUGUCCACAUCGAGAGAUUUCAUCUCCGAAGAAAAAUCCAGAAAUCACAAUGUAUGUUUUUUUUUUUUGUAACGAUUUAUUUGUGUGAUAAAGCUGUUGUAUCGGCUCGAAUCGUGACCCUCAAAGACCUGCUGGUCCGCCUUUCAAAGACCACCUCCACUCCACGAAUUGUUAUCCUGAAUCAGACGCACCCGUGUGAGGUCGCUAGCUGCAUAAAGACACGUGUGUUGUAAUCUAACAAAAAAUGAAAAAGUGUUGGAUAA